CCCCCUUGGGUUGCUAGGGGAAGUGACGUCACAGCGCGAUGGCGGCGGCUCCUUUAGGCAGCUGAAGGGGGAUUUAGGCCCGGAAGAUCCGAGUCCAUCCGCGGCGGGGAGAGGGCGAGCGGGGCCGGCAAGGGCCGGAGCAGCGGCGGCGGCGCUCGGACUGUCCCAUCCGCCCCGUAUUGAGGCGCUGAGAGCGACGGGGCGACCGGAAAGCGAUGGUGAAAGCGGGGCCGUGAGGGGGGCGGAGUCGGACCGGACCCGCAGUAGCGGCAGCAGCGGCGCCGCCUCCCGGAGCGCAGACCCAGGAAGCGGCCGGGCGGGCAGUAGCGAGCCGCACCGCUGCCAUGGAGCUGAGGGUCGGGAACAGGUACCGACUGGGCCGCAAGAUCGGCAGCGGCUCCUUCGGAGACAUCUAUCUCGGUACGGACAUUGCUGCGGGAGAAGAAGUUGCCAUCAAGCUUGAAUGUGUCAAAACCAAACAUCCUCAGCUCCACAUUGAGAGCAAGAUCUACAAAAUGAUGCAGGGAGGAGUGGGCAUCCCUACCAUCAGAUGGUGUGGGGCUGAGGGGGACUACAAUGUCAUGGUGAUGGAGCUACUGGGACCCAGCCUGGAAGACCUGUUCAACUUCUGUUCAAGGAAGUUUAGUCUCAAAACUGUUCUGUUGCUUGCUGACCAAAUGAUAAGUCGUAUUGAGUACAUUCAUUCGAAGAAUUUUAUCCACCGAGAUGUGAAGCCAGAUAACUUCCUCAUGGGGCUGGGAAAGAAAGGCAACCUGGUCUACAUCAUUGACUUUGGGCUGGCCAAGAAGUAUCGGGAUGCACGCACCCACCAGCAUAUCCCCUAUCGAGAGAACAAGAACCUCACAGGGACAGCACGCUAUGCCUCCAUCAACACGCACCUUGGCAUUGAACAAUCUCGAAGGGAUGACUUGGAGUCUCUGGGGUACGUGCUGAUGUACUUCAACCUGGGCUCUCUCCCCUGGCAGGGGCUGAAGGCCGCCACCAAGAGGCAGAAGUAUGAGAGGAUCAGUGAGAAGAAGAUGUCCACUCCCAUUGAAGUGCUGUGCAAGGGCUAUCCUUCUGAAUUUGCCACAUACCUGAAUUUCUGCCGUUCCUUACGUUUUGAUGACAAACCUGACUACUCCUACCUGAGACAGCUCUUCAGAAAUCUGUUCCAUCGCCAAGGCUUCUCCUACGACUAUGUGUUCGACUGGAACAUGCUCAAAUUUGGUGCCAGCCGGGCUGCAGAUGAUGCUGAGCGGGAACGCCGGGAUCGAGAAGAACGAUUAAGACACUCCCGGAAUCCAGCCACUCGUGGCCUCCCUUCUACAGCUUCCGGCCGUCUGCGGGGAACCCAGGAAGUGGCUCCCCCAACGCCCCUUACCCCUACCUCACACACGGAUAAUUAGGCGUAUUGUAGGUGUUUUUCUCGUGUGUAUAUGUGCUGCCUGUGUACCCAGUGCCCAUGAAGGUCAAAAGAAGGCAUCAGAUCUCCUGGAGCUGGGGUAGCGAUAGUUGUGAGCCACCAUGUGAUACUGGAACCCAAACUGGGUCCUUUCUAAAAGCAGGUGCCUGCGGCCAUUGAGCGCUCUCCAUCUAGUGGGUCCAAGGGUAUUUAAUAAUUAUGCUUUCUCUUCCUCUCCAGCCAACACCUCUCCGAGGCCUGUCUCUGGCAUGGAACGAGAACGGAAAGUGAGUAUGCGGCUGCACCGUGGGGCCCCAGUCAACGUCUCCUCAUCUGAUCUCACGGGCCGACAAGAUACCUCUCGCAUGUCCACCUCACAGAUUCCCGGUCGGGUGGCUUCCAGUGGUCUUCAGUCUGUCGUGCACCGAUGAGAACUCUCCUUUUUGCUGUGAAGGGCAGACAAUGCAUGGCUGAUCUACUCUGUUACCAAUGGCUUUACUAGUGACACGCCCCCCGGUCUAAACCUGAAAUGUUAACGCCGGGAGCUCUCCAGGCCACUCACCCAGCGAUGCACAUGGGGAAUCAAAACACAAACUAAAUGGACAGGCUCCAAGAGCUGCCAUCGCCAGGGGCUGCCACCGUGGCCCCGUGUGAGCUCAGUUAUCAUGGGGCUGGGACGAAGAGCAGAGGCUGGGAGACCAUUGCAGAGAGAACCCGACUCCCUGUGAAGAGCCUCUCAGCUCCCACCAGUGGUGGCGGACCUGCGCUCCCUGAUGAUCCCACCGCAGCUACCAGUCUUCUACUUGGUUAAGACAGUUUUGUAUCAUUUUGCUAAAAAUUACUGGCUUAAAUCUGUGUAAAGAAAUCUGUCUUUUUAUUGUUUCUUUCUUGUCUGUUUUUGCGGUCUUAAACAAAGAAGGAUGUUGACCUUAAAGAAUCCUAAGACACGCUGGCUUGGAGCUUCUAUGUAAAAUGGAGGCAGGCAAGAGAGGGGCACAUGUGAGUGUUGAGGAUGUGUGUGGUGUUCUGUUUUGUUUUCUCAUGUUGUGCUGUUCACUUUGGAAAGGAACUUCUCAUCAGUUGUGUAUGUGUGUGCGUGUGCGCGUGUGCGUGUGUGUCUUGUGGCUCCCAUCAGCCUAAUUUGGGCAUCUUGCUUACUCUUUCCCACUGUAAACUGAUAGCCUGCAGUCAUCAGAGCAGGUACAACUGCCAUGGCGUGAGGGCUCACAGUUACAGCCUCAGCAAAGCACCACGGCCUGGCAGUCCUCCCAAAGGAGGCAGAAGGAAGUCAGAGCUGAAGAACCCACAUGCUGGGACGGGGGGCCCCUCUAGGCUGCUGGAGAGCUCCAAGAUUCAAAGCUGAGCUUGUGUUUGUGGUUUCUAGGGAGAGGAUUGCUGUUGGUAGGAUUGGUUUCCUCUAUGCCUUUGAACUUGGGAAGUUGCAGAAUAGACUGAAUAGUCUCAUGCAGAUGCCAUUUGGGUUUGUCAUGGGCUCUCUGCUCAGAGCCAGGGAGCUGGCUGUCCUAGAAACACACCAUGGUUUGCCCAGAGGGACCAGUGGCCAAAGGGAAUCAACCCUGAAGUGCCAAGAAGCAGGUAACUGCCUAUCUGACUCUAAAACAAACCUUCACCUCCACAUGCUGCGUGACCUCCAGAAAGGUGUGGUGCCACACACUGCGUGGUCUUCAGCUGGACACACUGCGGGCUGGGCUGCUCUGCCGCUGGCGGUUAGGAUGCCACCAUGCUCUUCCCCACCAUGUGCACCGGAUAUGAAGAGACGGCAGGACCUGAGCUCCCCAUCUGAGAAGUGGGUGCAGUACAUGUGUGUGGGUCCAUCUCUGAUUUUCCCUGUCAGCCUAUGGAGAGUUAUGCUGGUUACCUCGCUCCCUUGGAGGUUUGGCUCUAAUGGUGCCACCAUGGCUUCUCCCUUCUUCCCAGAGUUCCCUGGCUCUGAGCACUGGCCCGGGGUUGGGAGGGACACACUGCUGAUGUGUGAUAUAGCACCUCAGAAUGUGGCUGUUAAUUGUGCCUGCCAGCCAUCUGAGCCUGUGGGUGCUGAUUUCUGAAUCCUGAACUGGUUACUCUGCAAGCAUUUUAGGGUGCAGAGACUUGACUCCGUGGGACUGUGUGUCUAGGAGUGCAGAGGGAGGUUGGGAGGGUCGGGCGAGUUUGAGAUUUUUGUUGCAAAUCCUUUAUCAGAGUUGGUCCUCCCCUCUCCAGUGGCAGGCCUGCCCGGCAAGUGUUCUUGUUGAUACCUGUGGUUCUGGAGGGGUAUGGGGUGGCCUUGAGACUAAUCCAGGUUCAGCCUGGCCCUGCUGGGUUGUGCCGAGACUAGGACCAUUGGAAGUCCUCCAGGGUGUGUUCUGACGGUUCUUGCCCGAUAUGUAAUCCCAUCGUCACUCGCAGGAAGCGUAGUUAGAAUGUGUGUAUCAACCUGUGUCUUGGUGACCAGUCUCUGAGCUGUGCGUUUGUACUACCACUGUAUUUGUGUACUUUAACAAUUGUGUAAAUAAUAAAUUCAUAAUGACUUCUACCUUUC